CCCAGACACACAGGGCCCUCAUAUGGACCCGGUCUCUUCCCUUCCCUCUUGCUUUCAGCCCCCUCCUUAAGCCUGGAAUCGGCACACAAAAUUGAGGGGCCUGAGAGUCAGAUCUCCAGAUCUUCACACCAGCCCUAUCAUGACGAAGGAAUAUCAAGAUCUCCAGCACCUGGACAAUGAGGACAAUGACCACCAUCAGCUGCGGAGAGGGCCUCUUCCUUCCAAGCCCCGGUUGCAGCGUCUUUGCUCUGGACCCCGUCUUUUCCUCCUCUCCUUGGGCCUCAGCCUCCUGCUGCUGGUGGUGGUCUGUGUGAUCGGAUCCCAAAAUUCUCAGAUGCAAGGGGAGCUGCUGUCCCUGAGGGCAAUCUUCAGCAACUUCACCGUGAGCAUUGAGGCUGAGUUCAAGACCCUGAGCACCCAGGGAGGCAAUGUGGGAAGAAAGAUGAAGUCGCUGGAAUCCCAGAUGGAGAAAGAGCAGCAAAACCUGAGAGAAGAUCAUAUCAGCUUGCUGGUCCACGUGAAGCAGUUUGUGUCUGACCUGCGAAGUUUGAACUGUCAGUUGGCUGGGCUGCAGGGCAAUGGCUCGGCGAAGUCCUGCUGCCCCAUUAACUGGGUGGCGUAUGAAGACAGCUGCUACUGGUUCUCCAACUCUGGGAAACCCUGGCCGGAGGCUGACAAGUAUUGCCAGCUGGAGAAUGCCCACCUGGUGGUGGUGAACUCUAAGGAGGAGCAGCAAUUUGUUCAGCACCAUACUGGUCCUAUAAACACCUGGAUGGGUCUAACUGAUCAAAAUGGCCCCUGGAGAUGGGUGGAUGGGACUACCUAUGAUACUGGCUUCAUAAACUGGAGACCAGAGCAGCCAGAUAACUGGUACGGCCACGGGCUGGGAGGCGGCGAGGACUGUGCCCAUUUUACUGCCGAUGGUCGCUGGAAUGAUGACGUCUGCCAGAGGCCCUACCGCUGGGUCUGUGAGACAAAGCUGGACAAGGACAGCUAGGAACGUUCUUCUCUAAUUUAUUUCCUCACUGUCUUGAGCAGCUGAAGGUUAGGAUUGAGAUUCCUCCAAUCUGGCAGUCUCUACACUCUUGAUUUUCCUCCAGAACAAGAAAGGGGAAAG